GAGCACGAGCGCGAGCGCGGGCGCGGGGAAGAGGGAUAUGAGUUCGUCCGCCCCGUCGCUCACAGCGUCCAACUGAUCAUCCUCCGGCGGCCGGCGAAAUGGGGACGAAAGUUAAUAUUAUAGUAGGCUCACAUGUGUGGGCUGAAGAUACUGAUGUUGCUUGGGUCGAUGGAGAAGUUGUUAAGAUCAAUGGCGAAGAGGCUGAGAUCCAAUCAACCAAUGGAAAAAAGAUCGUUUCAAAUUUGUCAAAAUUAUAUCCCAAAGAUAUGGAAGCAGCUGCCGGUGGAGUUGAUGACAUGACAAAGCUCUCCUAUCUCCAUGAGCCAGGAGUUUUGCAGAAUUUGGCCACCAGAUAUGAACUUAAUGAAAUCUAUACAUACACUGGAAACAUUCUCAUUGCUGUGAAUCCUUUCCAAAGAUUGCAACAUUUAUAUGACUCACAUAUGAUGCAACAGUACAAGGGUGCACCAUUUGGUGAGUUAAGUCCACAUGUUUUUGCUGUCGCAGAUGUUGCAUACAGGGCUAUGAUUCAUGAAGGAAGGAGCAACUCUAUUCUCGUGAGUGGUGAGAGUGGUGCUGGUAAAACAGAAACAACAAAAAUGCUUAUGCAGUAUCUUGCCUAUUUGGGUGGCCGCGCUGCAACAGAAGGAAGAACAGUAGAACAACAAGUUCUUGAAUCAAAUCCAGUCCUUGAAGCUUUUGGCAAUGCCAAGACUGUCAGAAAUAACAAUUCUAGUCGAUUUGGUAAGUUUGUUGAGAUUCAAUUUGAUAAGCAUGGGAGGAUCUCAGGUGCUGCUGUCAGAACAUACCUGCUUGAAAGGUCACGAGUAUGCCAAAUUUCUGAUCCUGAACGCAACUACCACUGCUUUUAUCUCCUUUGUGCGGCACCACAGGAGGAUCUUGAUAAGUACAAAUUAGGAAAUCCUAGAACCUAUAAUUAUCUUAAUAAGUCAAAUUGCUACGAUUUAGUUGGAGUCAGUGAUGCUCGUGAAUAUUUGGCUACCAGAAGAGCAAUGGAUAUUGUUGGUAUCAGUACCCAGGAACAGGAUGCUAUUUUCAGGGUGGUUGCAGCUAUCCUUCAUAUUGGCAACAUUGAAUUUGCCAAGGGGAAAGAAGCUGAUUCCUCAGUUUUGAAAGAUGACAAAUCUAAGUUCCAUCUUGAAACAACCGCUGAACUCCUUAUGUGUGAUCCUGGAGCCUUGACAGAUGCUCUCUGUAAGCGUGUCAUGGUAACACCGGAGGAGGUUAUAAAAAGGAGUCUUGAUCCUUACAAUGCAACUAUCAGUAGGGAUGGUCUAGCAAAGACAAUAUAUUCCCGCCUGUUCGAUUGGCUUGUUGAUAAAAUUAAUAGUUCCAUCGGGCAAGAUGCUAACUCUAAAUGUCUUAUUGGUGUCCUGGAUAUUUAUGGUUUUGAGAGCUUUAAGUCAAACAGUUUUGAACAAUUCUGUAUUAAUUAUACGAAUGAGAAAUUACAGCAACAUUUCAAUCAGCACGUUUUUAAGAUGGAGCAAGAGGAAUACACUAAAGAACAAAUUGAUUGGAGCUAUAUUGAGUUUGUCGAUAAUCAAGAUGUUCUUGAUCUUAUCGAGAAGAAACCUGGCGGUGUGAUUGCACUUCUAGAUGAGGCAUGUAUGUUUCCCAAGUCAACACACGAGACCUUUGCCCAGAAGCUGUACCAGACUUUUCAGAAGCAUAAACGGUUUGUCAAACCUAAGCUAUCUCGCACAGAUUUUGCAAUCUCUCACUACGCUGGGGAGGUAUUGUAUCAAUCUGACCAAUUCCUUGACAAAAACAAAGACUACGUUGUGGCAGAGCACCAGGAGCUACUGAGUGCUUCUAGAUGCUCCUUUAUCGCAGGAUUAUUUCCUCCUCCGCCAGAGGAAACAUCAAAAUCCUCGAAGUUCUCUUCGAUUGGUGCACGCUUCAAGCAACAACUUCAAGCUCUUAUGGAAACAUUAAAUUCUACCGAACCUCAUUAUAUCAGAUGUGUUAAGCCAAAUAAUGUCCUAAAACCGGCAAUUUUUGAGAAUGUCAACGUCAUGCAACAGUUGCGUUGUGGUGGUGUACUUGAGGCAAUCAGGAUCAGUUGUGCCGGUUAUCCUACACGUCGCACAUUUUAUGAGUUUUUGCAUCGUUUUGGAAUACUCACUCCAGAUUCCAUUGAAGGAAAUUGUGAUGAAAAGGUUGCAUGCAAGAGGAUUCUGGAAAAGAAGGGUCUUAUAGGCUUUCAGAUUGGUAAAACAAAAGUUUUUCUGAGAGCCGGACAGAUGGCUGAAUUAGAUGCUAGAAGAACUGAAGUUCUCAGUGUUGCUGCAAAAACAAUUCAAGGGAAAAUACGAACACAUAUCAUGCGGAAGAAGUUUGUUUCUUUGAGGAAAGCAUCUGUAUGUUUUCAGGCAGUUUGGAGAGGAACAUUGGCUUGUAAACUCUAUGACCGCAUGCGGAGGCAAGCAGCUUCUGUCAAAAUUCAGAAAAACCAACGUAGGCAUCAGGCUAGGAGGUCCUACAAACUGCAACUUUCUUCAGUUCUCGUAAUACAAACAGCAUUGCGUGCAAUGGCAGCAAGGAAUGAGUUCAGACAUAAAAACCGAUCUAAAGCAGCGGUUACAAUUCAGGCUCGUUAUAGGUGCCAUCGAGCUCAUUUAUACCAUAAGAAGUUAAAGGCUGCAGCCAUUGUUGCACAAUGCAGAUGGCGGGGAAGGAUUGCAAGGAAAGAACUCAGGAAACUUAAAAUGACUACCUUGCUUCCAAUGAAUGGCCCCUUCCGCUUGCCAUGGCCCUUGUGCCCUCUUGCACUGCAAGUACAUCAUGCGGAAGCAAGGGAAACGGGUGCACUCAAGCAAGCAAAGGAUAAACUUGAAAAGACAGUGGAAGAACUUACAUGGCGUGUGCAGUUAGAGAAGCGAAUGCGGACAGAUUUGGAAGAAGCAAAAGCCCAGGAGUUAUCAAAAUUGCAGAGCACCAUGGAUGCCCUGCAAGCUAAAUUUGAUGAGACAAAUGCAGUACUUGUGAAGGAACGAGAAGCUGCUAAAAAGGCUAUCGCGGAAGCACCUCCUGUGGUAAAGGAAACUGAGGUUCUAGUCCAAGACACUGAGAAGGUUCAUACCUUGGAAGCAGAGGUAGAUGAACUUAAGACCUCACUUCAAUCAGAAAAACAAAGAGCAGAUGAAUUAGAAAAGAAACGCUCCGAGGAAGCACAAGCAAAUGAAGAAAAGCAAAAGAAGAUAGAAGAGACUGAAGUAAAAAUACGUCAAUUUCAGGACUAUCUGAGAAGGCUAGAGGAGAAGCUAUCUAAUGUAGAAUCUGAAAAUAAAGUCCUUCGUCAGCAAGCUGUUUCAAUGGCUCCAGCUAAAAUUUUGUCAGGACGUUCCAAGUCGAAUUUACAGAGGAAUGCGGAAAGUGGUCAUGUAUCAGUUAGCGAUUCAAAAAUAACUCCUGAGUCCGCUGUUGUAGCCUCUCCUAAAAAGGAAUAUGACAUAGACGAUAAGCCGCAGAAAUCUCUAAAUGAAAAGCAGCAGGAAAAUCAAGAUCUAUUAAUUAGGUGCAUAGCCCAGCAUUUGGGAUUUGCUGGGAAUCGGCCAGUUGCUGCUUGUAUUAUAUACAAGUGCCUCCUUCAUUGGAGAUCAUUUGAAGUAGAGCGGACAAGUGUUUUUGAUCGGAUUAUUCAGACCAUUGGACAUGCAAUUGAGACACAGGACAAUAACGAAGUCUUAGCAUAUUGGCUCUCAAAUGCUUCAACGCUGUUGCUUUUGCUUCAGCGGACGCUGAAAGCGAGUGGAUCAACAGGAAUGGCUCCACAGCGUCGACGAUCGUCCUCUGCUACCCUUUUUGGAAGGAUGACACAGAGCUUCAGAGGAACUCCACAAGGUGUAAAUCUUGCUCUAAUAAAUGGAAGCAUGGUUAGUGGAGUAGAGACACUGAGACAAGUGGAAGCCAAGUAUCCCGCUUUACUGUUUAAACAGCAACUUACGGCAUAUGUAGAGAAGAUAUAUGGAAUGAUCCGGGAUAAUUUGAAGAAAGAGAUCUCUCCUUUGCUUGGAUUGUGCAUUCAGGCCCCAAGAACAUCAAGAGCAAGCAUGAUGAAAGGAUCUUCUCGUUCAAACACAAAUACAGCUGCACAGCAAGCUUUGAUUGCUCAUUGGCAAGGGAUUGUGAAAAGCCUUGGAAAUUUCUUGAACAUACUUAAAGUGAACAAUGUUCCUCCAUUCUUGGUGCGGAAAGUAUUCACUCAGAUAUUCUCCUUCAUCAAUGUACAGCUAUUUAACAGUCUUCUGUUAAGAAGGGAGUGCUGCUCAUUCAGUAACGGCGAGUACGUAAAAGCAGGAUUAGCUGAACUUGAGCAUUGGUGCUAUAGAGCUACUGACGAGUAUGCAGGUUCAGCCUGGGAUGAGCUUAAACAUAUUAGACAAGCUAUUGGUUUCCUGGUGAUUCAUCAAAAGCCCAAGAAAACCUUGGAUGAAAUAAGUCAUGACCUCUGUCCUGUACUUAGUAUACAACAGCUAUACAGGAUCAGUACUAUGUACUGGGAUGACAAGUAUGGAACACAUAGCGUGUCCCCAGAGGUCAUAUCAAACAUGAGAGUAUUGAUGACAGAAGACUCCAAUAAUCCUGUAAGCAAUUCAUUUCUACUGGAUGAUGACUCAAGCAUACCGUUCUCCGUCGAUGACAUAUCCAAAUCAAUGCAGCAGAUUGACAUAUCUGACAUCGAACCGCCCCCGCUCAUCCGGGAGAACUCGGGCUUUGUAUUCUUGUUGCCGCCCCCUGAAUAAACCGUGUGUUGGCCAGAACGAAGCCUAGGCCAUGGGAUGCACUGGCCCGGACGGAUAAUUGGGCAGUCUAUGCAGAUUGAGUUUUCCUAUUUACCAGUGACCAGUGAAAUGCAACACCCGGCAUCCUUGUCUGAACUUUGGUGUUUUUUCCUGGUAGAAGCUAGGAAGUUUGAUGGCAGAUGUGCAUUGCCUGGGCUCACCUCAAAAGUAGUUUCACCUCGGUUUUUUCAUUUUGUUUCCUACUCAUUUUCUUUCAUUUAUUACUCUUGAGAUCAGAGUGGUGACAAUAGUUCCAUUCAGCUAGACAGAAAGUAAUAGCAGAUUCAGCUGAGAUUCGUUCAUUCCGUAGACCCUUGUGUAGUUUUAGAGCACUUUUGAGGUGAGUUUGCAAGAGCGGUGUAAUAGGAAACAUUUUCCCUUUGCUAUUCAGGCAUACACAUUAUGUGCAACCUUUGUACUAAUCCUGUGUAUAGCAGUAUACAAAGUUGAUCUGCAGCUAAUGAUUCUUUGCUGUGUGAA